CGGGGAAACUUGUCCCCGCCAUUGUUGUGAUGACCGUCGCCUCCCGUGGUAGACUCUGGGAGAGGCUAAAUUAACAACUCUGGGGAGGUUUACAGGAGGAGACUCUGAGUGUACUGUUGUCAUAUAUCUGGGUGACUGAUUGUAUGUGUCAUGUGGGGCAGGUGAGACGCCUGAUUGUUGCUGGACGAGUCUCAAGAUGGCACUGAUGAAGAGGCAACUCUCAACUGCAUUGUCAGACUUUGUUCUGGCCUUGUCUGCUGUUUGGGGCUUCCGGAUGCUGCACGAGGAUUCUCAUUCAGAACACCAAUUUGGCAAAUGGUGGUUCAUGCUUGUGACGAUGGCAGCUACACUUGGUGUAGUUAGAUUUGCUGCUCUGUUACCAAGUUACCGCGCAUCAGUGUUGCGGUACCACACCAACUUUUCAUGGCUGUGUCGGGCCAUUGGUAUUCCUUGCUUGGCAGCGGAAAUCUGUCGUACAUAUAAAUACAGCACUGCUAGCCAGUUGUUCCUGUUAAGCGCAGUGACAACAUUUAUAACUUCAUCACUAAAGAGUCGCCACAAGGACCAGCUAACAGACGUUGUCAGCACUGCAUCUGUGUCGGCUAUACUUGGAUUGUCCGUGAUAGGUGGCAACAUGAUGCAUGCAGCUGCAGCCGUUUUCUUCAUAAUCUCGGGCUUGGUGGGAUCCGAGGGAGAUAUCCAACUGGUCAACUUGCCCCGUGUCGAUGUCUUGCAUUACAUGUUGGUGGCCGUCAAUUAUUGUUUGGUUUGGGGCUUCAUGUAGUGAAAGUAAUGGUGUGUUUAUGCCAGACGUGUGAUUGUCUGCUCACGAAGAGUUGCUUUUAAGGUUCACACAAAUUUCAUAUGCAAUGCUGAUGGUCUUAACACUGCUACCUCGACUCUUAAAAAAUAGAACACUUCCAAUUUUGAAGGAUCCUCGAGUUUUGAAGGAUUUCUCUUGAGUAGAAAAAGAAAGCUGAGCAUCUGGAAAUAUUAAAUUGUUAAUAGAUGCAUUUUUUUUUUUUUUUAAGUUUAAACAGUAACUACAUUUUUGAGGGGUCCCAGUAGUACAGUCGGGUUUGUUCUUGA